AUGUCCCUGCCCGUGCGGCUCACCGUAGACAAGAACGGCAUGCUGCAAGAGAGCUUCCUCGAGCUCGAAGUCAUACAAGAAUACACCGGCUCGGGGCGGGGCGAGCGGAUAACACUCGGCAACGUCAAGCUGAACCUGGCCGAGUAUGUCGAGCAGAGCGAUCUUGCGCCUGCCGAUGGCGACGACCCAGGCGUCACGCGGCGAUACCUGAUGCAGGAGAGCAAGAUCAACAGCACAAUCAAGCUGGGCAUAUACAUGAGGCAGACCGAGGGCGACAAGAACUACAUUGCGCCCGCUCUGAAGACGGCGCAGGUGUUUAGCGGCAUCGCCGGCAUCAUGGCGGGCGAACAGGGAGAAGUGGAGGACAGCGGAGCUGCGCCAUCUCUGUCCACGAAAUCACGCGAGGCUGGCGAACUCCAAGACAUGUACCGACGCACGCUCGCUGCGUACUGGUCUGCCCAGCCCGGCGAACUCAAAGCCGACGAAUGCAUCGAAGACAUCUUCGCGGGGGGAGACGGCUGGGGCGAUCGCGAGAAGCCGUACCAGCAGCAGCGGGGUCAGAGUGUGCGCUACAUAGCCGGCGACAGCAGUGGGUCGCCCAGCGAGAACGAGGCGAGGCACAUGCGGGGGAGCAGCAACAGCAGCGCGCAUCGCAAGUCACAUGAGACGCUGAGACAGGCGGACUUGCAUGCGAUGACCAAGUCUUCUACUGUGCGCGGCAGAGGAAGCCUGGAGCAGCAGGCGCUUCAGAUGAAGGUGGAAGCGGAGAGGAAGCGACACCGGCCGCAUCACGAGGUCGACGAAUUCGACCUGCGGGAAGACCUGUGCAGCUGGCGAAGGCCGAUAUAG